UGUAAACAUUGUGUAAAUCACUGCGUGGUGUCUGACAGUCAAUGUGACAGUUCGUUGCUUAUCGUGAAGCUUAAUGGUAUGGAUUGAUAUGGAUCUGGAUUCUGAGCUUGUUCGUGUUAUCAGUUUGCAUGUCAACUUUAGCAUUAGCCUAGCAGAAACACUGUUGUGUUGCUGUUAGUCUAGUCUGUGGAGUUGCUUAAAGCAGGGAUUCACAAACAGUCAGUUCUGAAACUGCAAAAAAAAAGUGUGCAAACAUGGGGGUAAAAGGCUUACAGUUCUUUCUGGAGAAUUGUUAUCCAGAGACUUGUCUACAUGUGGACUUGAGACAAUUGGCUGCAGCUCAUGCCAAAGCCCAUCCUGACAUGAUGCCUACCAUGGUGGUGGAUGGAAUGGUCUGUUUGAGGCACUGGUAUCAGUGUGAAGCCUGGGUUCAUGGUGGUCAGUGGCAAGAGUACAUGCAUUUUCUACACAAAUUCGUGGAGGCAUUCAAAGUGUCAGGCUUAAGAUUGGUCUUCUAUUUUGAUAGCACUAUAGAGGAACAGAAGAGAGCACAAUGGGUCAAGAGACGCCUGAGAGUCAACCAGGACAUAGUCAAGAUAUUUAAUCACCUUAAGAAUCAUCACCAACAACCAAAUAGAAAAAUGUUCUGCCUCCCUUCUGGAUUGGCCAGCUUCUCCACGUUUGCACUCAAAUCACUUGGUCAAGAAGCAUACUGCUCUGUUCGUGAAGGGGACUACGAGAUCGCUGAAUAUGCACUCCGUAACAACUGCAUAGGUAUUCUUAGUCAGGAUACCGACUUUAUCAUUUAUGACACAGUUCCUUAUAUGUCCAUUGAUAAACUCCGAUUAGAAAACAUGACAACAGUGCAGUAUUCCAGAGAAAAGCUGUGCCACAUCCUGAAGCUUCAAAAAUCUGAUCUUCCUUUUCUGGCUUGCAUUAUGGGUAAUGAUUUUGUCUCAGAGCAUCAACUGCAGAAUCUCCGUAAAAACGCUUUGACCUUGUAUGGGAAAAAACACCCAGGUGACAAAGUCCAUGCAGCCGCCGAGUUCAUAAACAGUCAUCGUCCAAACAGUGAUGAAACACAUAGCGUCUCAACACUACAUUUAUCCAAAGCUGAUAUGGAGGUUGUUGAAAAAGGAAUCCAGUCAUAUCUUCUCCCAGGACAAACAUCACCUUGGUUAGAUCGAAGCCUACCUAUGCCAAAGCAGGUGUGUGUGAUGGAAAAGUACCUAAACAGAGAUAUAUUGCAGGCAGCAAAAGAAAGGCACAUCCGAGCAGAGGGUUUUAUGAUCUAUAAUGUCCUGAAGUAUGGGGUGGUGGAUUGCAGCAAUACACUGGAAGAUGAAGAACUUGGUCUGCCUCCACAGGCUAUUUUAUACCAACCACUAAGAGAACAUAUCUACAGUAUUCUGAUGCCGAGUUCUUAUGGUGAAACCUUGUCCGUGCAGGAAUGGUUUGUUUUUCCUGGGAAUCCACUUAAAGAACCAAAAAAAGUCUUUCCAAAGGCUCUAAACCUUCCAGAUGGAACUCCUGACCUUAUGACUCUGUGGUUUGGAAAUGACCCGGAGGUGAAAAGCAUCCGAGUGUCCACUUUCUUGGCUGUUUUUGACCUACAGGACUUUAGUGAAGAUCUGAGAUCCUUUGACACUCCUUUGGUAGCUGUGAUUUGUCUUGUAGCAUACAUAGCUAAUCAGGCUAAACACUUUUCCAUUGAAGACAUAGAUGCAUAUCUAAGCCAAGCCGUCUGUAUCAGAUAUAAGUCUCACACAGACCUGCAGCACAUGAAGGUUCCUCAGGUGGACCCAAGGGCUGUUCAUCUUGGUUCCCUUUUUGUACGGGGCCUAACCUACCUGAUCGCUGCCAACAGUGCCUGUGGUGUUCCUUUUGCAAUGAAUGAGCUCAUGCCUUGGAAAAUGUUCGAUGGCUUGCUGUUCCAUUCUAAGUACCUCCAGGCACACUCUGGUUGUGCUAAAGAGGACCUGCUAGAGGGCAAUCCUGCUUGGGUAUCUCUGUUUCUCACACUUCGAGAUCUGGUUCUCAAAGCCUGCAGAAGACAUGGCUCCACUAUCCGUAGUUUUCCAUGCAGACUUCAGCAUGGCAGGCCCAUGGAUGGAGAGUCUCACAGAGAAAUGGAAUCCCAAUUCUUUAGCACCUUUGACUGUGACUAUAGACAGCAGCCCAGGGGUCCAGCCUUCCACAUGCAAGGACGUAGUUAUAGACCAAGAUCAAGUACAAGACACCCUAACAGAAGGCAUCACCAUCCCCCAAGAUGGCCUCGGUAGCAAAGUUAAAGACCAGAUUUCACUUGACCCAGAAAUGUUCAAGAACAGAAAUCAUGGAGGUAUUUGACUGAUCAUUCAUUCCAGUGAUAUGAAAGCAUCAUUUAUCUUCAUGGAUUCUCGGUUUCUUUUGUGUCCCCUUAUCGUCCUGUAAUGCAGCUGGCAGUAUACAAUGCAUUGUCUUGUCUGCUGUGGGUUUUACUGUCUGGCUUUGAUGACUGAAUAGGCUUGUGGUAGUUUUAUUGCACUCUUUUCCACACACUGUUUUGCUAUCAGCUAGAAGAUGCUGCCAGAAUGAAAAACCAAUAACAAUAUUCUCUAUAGCUACUUAUGAAAACAAAACUGUGCAAUAAUAAAGCUUAGAGCACCUGCCAUUGCUAUUGGCACAUAUGUAUGUCACUUGUUUGCACAGUCAUUUAGUCAACAAAAGAUGAAUCAAGUGUAUUCAGAGUUUGUUAGUGAAGAAUGCUUCCAAGGAAGAGAAUACAUAUAUAUAUAUAAUGACAUACAGUAUUUCUCCACCCUGAUCCUGAAGUAGCACUGCCCAGCAUAUUUUGGGGUUUUCCUGGCUCUUAUCUCUGAACACUGAUUCAAAUAAUUAUCGAUCUUAAUAAAAUGUGCAGAAAGGUGGUACUAUUUUAUAGCAUGUUGUAGUAUAAUUAAUGGGAGUAAUGUGUUCACACUCAGAGUUCCAUCAAAAAGAGCUGCCUGCAUGUUGCACUUAUUCAACUGAAAAAAACAAGUGUGGAAUUUUAGACAAUUCAGGACAGUUCAGGACCUCAUUGUUUAUGUGGCAGAAGAGGACUACGUUCAAAUUGGACUACGUCGAGGACAACUCGGUGGACAAGUCUUUUUACAGAUGUCUUUUCAAUUAGCCUACAUUUUGUGGUUUAUUUUUUAACAUAUAAAGGAUCCACUGUUUUCUGCUGAAGCUAGCAAGUUUGCAUUGCAUGCAUUUGAUGGCUUUUGCCAUAAUUUGUAUUCCAGUAGAGACGAUACUAAUAUAGACUCUUCCAAAAUCCAUAUACUGGACCGCAGAGUGCAUAGUGGAAGUGUACAGUACGUCGUUUGGGACGUCUUUUGUAAACGAAAUGCAUCAGUGACACAUGAGUGAAAUGCCAAAAUCCUACCAUGAUGAAUAUGCAGCUGGAGCACUGAUUAGCCUCAGGUCAUGUAUUAUUUUCAAGCAUCUCUUAUUUUAGGGGGAUGUUUAAUCAAACAAUUGUCUUGUCAGUGAGUGUAGGUCUUCUUGAAUAAAGAGAGUAGAUGAA